CAUAGACCUCGUAUACUUAGUCGCUCGAGAGAUGUUCGACGAUGUACAUUUGAUGUUGCUCGCGCGAAACGUCACGUCAUCUCGUCGAUCUUAAUCUUGUAAUUUCCUUCUCCAAAAGGAACAGAAUGAAUUAUCGCAUUUGAUAUCAAAUUUAUAAUUUUCGUAUUUGAUAUAUUUUUUGUAAAUACGGAUUUUAUCAUUGCCACAUAUAUAAAUGUAACGAGUGCGAUUAAUGUGUGUUACAUUUUUUCCCGGUCUUUUAGGACGCAUUGUUAUAUGUUAAAAUCCAGGUGAAAGUGCCGAUAUCAUUAAAUAAAAAUGGAUUCAUUUAAUAAUUACGGCAGGAAUGAUCUGAAUGAGAUGUAUUGCGGAUAUAUGAAUUUAAACGAAGAUGAGAACAAUCAUCUACUCCUGGACAUGGAUUCUUUGGUUCCUAGGCGAAGUAAUUUCUUAGCGAACCGCGGUUGUGAACCAAUUAAGAAGAAAUGUUUCCUCGGUGACGAGGAAUGCAAGGAGAUCGAUGGUACUGGAUGGUCAGAUAAACCCAUCAAAAACUGGUGUCAAGAAGAAACAAUAAAUUGGCUUAUGUCAGCUGCAUCAUAUAUAGGUCAACCAUACAGUUCUAUCCAACAUAGUCUUGCUGUGUCAGGGAAGGAACUCGUGACUUUUGGUCGACAAGAUUUCAUCAAUUACGAUCCGAUAUACGGGGACCGAUUGUACGAUCUUCUUCAUUCACAACGCGUAUCGAAUCUGCUGCCAUCAUACGAUACUAUUCAACCGCAGGAUGAGUACGCAUCAGUUAUUCCAAACAACAUAUCUGAUGCAGAAUCGGAUAAUAGCGUCGAAGUCACAACGAAAAGACUGCCUGGCAGACCGAGGGUAUUAAAGACCAAAAAGAAUCCUGCCAGUCAAGGAAAAUUAUGGGAAUUUAUUAGAGAUUUACUACGUAAUAGAGAAACGUGUCCUAGUUUAAUCUGUUGGGAGGAUUACUCACAAGCGAAAUUUCGCUUUGUAAAAAGCGACGAGGUAGCAAAACGAUGGGGUUCACGAAAAGGAAAUACAAAAAUGACUUAUGAAAAACUUAGUAGAGCUAUGAGAUACUAUUACAAAAGCAAGAUAUUCCUACCGGUGCUCGGUCGAAGAUUGGUAUAUCAAUUUGGCCCAAAUGCAAAAGGUUGGCAAACGGAUAAUCCGAAUUUCCGAAAUUGAAACGAUAUUGUUAAGAAAAAAUGAAUAAUAGGAUGAAAUGUGCGAAAAUAAUAAAAUAAGCCGUGAUAUUUUUUUGAAAAUGUUAAAUAUAAUCGCAUUAAACACUUUACUAAUCAAAAGACCUAUUAAUAGACUUCGUACUAGAAUGUGCCAGUCAGUAAUAUGUUAAUGUUUUAUAUAUUUUUUAAAGUGUCACAUUUUUUAUAGUGCCACAAG